UUAUUCUUUUAAGACAACGACUGAAAUAAGUCUCGUGAUUGUAAACAAAUAUGGAGGUGAAUGCAGCAUUUCUUCAGCUAUUUGCAUUGUUUUCGUUCAUAGCAUCCUUUACGCAAGCCGUCAAGUACACACCCGACUGGAAGUCAUUAGAUUCAAGGCCGUUGCCUGCAUGGUAUGAUGAGUCUAAAAUAGGAAUUUUCUUGCACUGGGGAUUAUUUUCUGUUCCCGCAUACAAGUCGGCAUGGUUUGUUUACUUUUACAACCACAACUAUCCAGAUUACGUAAAAUUUGUACACGACAACUACGGUCCUGACUUCACAUUCGCUGACUUUGCACCCCUGUUCCACGCAACAUUUUACAACCCUGAUGGAUGGGCAGAUAUCUUCGAAGCCUCAGGAGCAAAAUAUGUGGUAUUGGUUACUAAACACCAUGAAGGCUUCACCCUUUGGCCAUCCAACCACUCCUGGAACUGGAACGCUGGUGAUGUUGGACCUAAGAGGGAUCUAGUGGCUGAACUUGCCACAGCUGUCAAGAAGAAGAAGGACAUGCAUUUUGGGGUGUACCAUUCCCUGUUUGAGUUCUUCAAUCCUCUAUAUCUGGCAGACAAGAAGAAUAACUACAAAACUCAGGAUUUUGUCAGGAACAAGGCCUUACCCGAGCUGUAUGAGCUUGUCAACAACUACAAGCCUGAUGUGAUCUGGUCGGAUGGGGACUGGGAGGCACCAGACACCUACUGGAACUCAACCGAGUUCAUUGCCUGGCUCUACAACGAAAGUCCUGUGAAAGAUACGGUGGUGACAAACGAUCGUUGGGGAAACAACACUAGAUGUCACCACGGAGGUUUCUGGAACUGCCAUGACAAAUUCAACCCAGGAAAACUGUUCACACCCAAAUGGGAAAACUGUAUGACUGUCGACAAGAGGGCCUGGACUCAUCGUCGUGACGUCACAGCAGAGGACUGUAACACCGUCAACGAACUGAUCACAGUAAUGGCAGAGACAGUUAGCUGUGGAGGAAACCUACUGAUGAAUGUCGGCCCUUCAGCUGAUGGUCGAAUCAUCCCAAUUUUCGAGCAGAGACUGAGACAAUUUGGAGCGUGGAUGAAGGUCAAUGGAGAAGCCAUCUACAAAUCCAAGCCUUGGCAUACACAGAGUGACACUUUCGACAAGGAAGUCUGGUACACUUCAAAGAAAGAUGUAAACGGAACAUCAGUGUAUGCUAUUAUACUUAGUUGGCCAGAAUACAAUGUCUUGACCCUCGGGGCUCCAGUCACCGGUCCAAACACAGUCAUCGAGAUGCUUGGAUACAGUAAACCAUUCCAGUUCUAUUCAGGAUUGAACAAUACCAUUGAGGUAGUAUUCCCAAAGAUUCCCGUCACCAUGAUGCCGUCCUAUGAUGCUUGGGUCCUGAAGAUGACAAACUUGGCCAACCAACAUGUACCGACCGGCCACAAACCUGCCAGAGACGCCUUCGUCCAGCCAAUAGACAUGAUAGACUUUCUGUGAAACUACAUUUUUGACAACAGUGUUUGCUGAUACAGUAAAACCUGUCUAAUCUGACACCCUGUGGUAUUAUUAAACAACUUGUUUGGAUUAGACAGGCUGUCAGGUUACACUGAUUUUAUUUGGUUUUUAUAAGAAAUGGGUUUUUUGCAUAUAUAAAAUAUAAAAUAUAAAUUAAAACCUUUGCUCCUGUAUUUGGUAUUGUAAUACAGGAACACUGCUGAUGUUGGGUGUUUUGUAGAUGUUACAUACAUAUGUAUGGUAAAACAAAAUGCCUCAAUAAGGGGUUGAACCUGCAACCCAGAACUUUUUUUAGUCUGACCCUCUGGUACAGAGCUCAAGAGGAAAUUACCUUUAGCCACGGGAGGUCAAAGUUCUAUGAAAAUGAUCGGAAUAUGGCACCUACAGUCAGGAUAUAGCCUAAUCUAUGUAAGAAAUUUUGUCACAUAUUUUUUGUAAACAAUGCUUUUUUGUUUUCCAUCAGAUAGAUAUUGUCUCAUGGCUUACAAAAUGUAUAGCAUACAUACAGAGAAAUGUGCCUGCUAUUAAUUUAAACACCCAUUCAGCAGUGACAACUAGCUAUAUAUAGUUGUUAAACUACGCUACACAUGUGCCAUUAUAGUGCUUUUCAUUGCUUUGAACACUGUCUUUAAUUUUUUGCGUCAAGACACCAUUAUACGUGAUAUCCAAGUGCUCUAGCCGAAGCUUAGGCAACUUUUACCCUUUAUACAACGCACAUUCUAUACACAAUAACUGUUAAAAAGAUCUGAUUAUUUACUCCUAUUUAUAGUUACUGCUUCUUUAAAACCGUUUAUUACAUGUAUUAUAUAUUUUCAUGGUGUUGUAGUAUUCUCAUCAUUAACUGGUUUUAUGUUUACUGUGUUGAAAUUGACAAUCUACUAAAACAUGUAUCACAGAUAUUGACAUCCUUAUUCUUCAAAUUAUUUUAUACAUGUAGUUUACCAGUGAUAAGCCCAUGCUUGGUAAUUAGCCCACCCUCUUUGUUAAACAUGAAAGUUUUACGUAUCGGGGUCAUAUGAGAGAAGAAACCUUUCAUGCAAUUAGCAUCUAAUUUUGGCAUAAAUCCUACAUAGUUAUGUUUAAGGACUAAAUCCAUCUAACAGCUUCACAUAAGUAAGAUAAAGUUAUGUAAUAUUUAAUGGCUAUGUAGUGCGCUGACAUCUUGCUCUGACAGUUAAUAUCUUGUGUAUUUCGUUUAAAUUUGUAAGAAAAAACUAUUUCUUAAAAAGAGAAAUCUCGCCUUAAUAAUAUGUAAUAAGAUUAGAUAUUAUAUAUGUGUGUUAUCUGAAGUUACAUCUAUUUUCUCAUGCUUUUAAUGCACCUAUUUACAGUUUAUUCCUUUUGUCCAGUUUGACUGCUCAGAUUUUUCCAAGAAUUCCCUGUUAAAUGUAGGGCCAUUAGUACCAUGAAUUGCUUUGGAAAACAAGGCAGUUCAUUUUGUAAACACAAAUAUGAUAUUGGAGACAAAUGAGUGUGUCAGUGUAGUAACAGAGUAUGUUAACAUCUAAAACAACAUUACACACAGGUGUAUGUAUGAUAGACAUUGAAGUAUGGAACUGCUUUCAGUUGGCAUUCAUAUUGCCUAUGAAUGCCAACAUAAAGCAGUUCAUUACUUAUAUUUACCAUUUUCGAAAUAGUUUUUUUUCACAUGGAAAAUUUAAUUACACCUAACGCUUUUCUGCAUUUCGUUCAAAUGGUUUAUUUAUGUUAUAUGUGCAUGCUUGUUAUAAUACAGCCAAGUGAAUAAUACAGCCAUCUGUCCAGGGAAGGUCAGUGGUAUCCAAGGUAACAAUUAUGAGGUCGUAAUCGGCUCAUGGCAUUCAUAGCCUAAAUGAAUGUCAUCUGAAUGUGGUAGGGUUAUAUAGUGGCAAAACCAUACAAUCAUGGUAAAUAUUUUGAUGUGAAUUUUAAGAACACGCAUAUAAUUAUGAUCAUGAAAUUUUCCUCCAGUAUAAAAAAAAAGCCUCAUCAAUUUUUUUACCACAUGUCAUUGAUCAGUUUGUUUUGUGUAUUAAAUAAAAAAAAACUUGCAUAAUAUAAUAUUUAAUUUACAUAUUCUUUGAAUACUUCAAACAUUCCAAA